ACAUCUGUCAAGUUUAAUAAGUAGCUUCUUGUCGAAAGUGCAGUCUGUGUUGACAAAGGGAAUAACAGCCACCAUGUUCUGUACAGUGAGAACAGAAAGCAUAUUACACUGAGUUAACUCAUUCAGUCUGACAUCUGAUCUGUGCACAGAGGUAAGACAGCUAACAUGCUAGAAAUGCUAACAGACUCCUUUGCUUUCCUACUGCUGCAGCAGUGUUGUAUGAGGGUCUGUAAACCUGCACAAUCUGUCACAGAUCAGAAGAAGCUGCUGUGUGCUAGGCUAGCUAAUGAAAGUGCCCGUCAGUCAUAGCAAUGCAGGAGUCAUUUAGUCCUCUACAGUUUGAACACAUAGCAAUAUGCUUGGCAUGCUCUGGUUAACUCCAGUCAGAAGCAACACUGCUGAACUUUGUCCUGACUGACCCAGCGAAGCAAAGCUGUGGUCACCUGUUUUUAGAAAUUUUUAGAAACUAAAUCGCUAAACUGACCAUUUCAGAACAUUUUAAACAAUAGUCUUAGAUCAGGGGUUCUUAACAUUUCGAUCACUGAGUACAGUUUUAAAGAGACGGUAUGUGAUUGAGGGGGCCGGACAGGAAAAUUGCACACACUAUGACUUUUUAUGACAUAUUAUGCUAUAACUUUUUAAUGACAAAAACUGCAACAACACAAAAGUGAUGCAGCUUAUGUAACAAUCAGUACACUGCAGUUCUCCACUUUUUAAGACAUUUAAGAGUAAUAAAGUUGAGACAGUAAAGUGUUUGACAUUGACUGUACCUACUGACAGCAGUCGAGCAACUCCUUCAGCUGGGGAACGCCACUUGCACACACCACAUGCAGAACUGCACUACACCAUAACAUUGGAACUGGUAGUAAUAAUAUUGGCAAUAUAUUACGUUUCUUUAUGACAGUUAAAAACAUUUGCUUUCUGUACAAUUAUUUCGAACAGCAGUGUGUGUUGAAGCAUAGAAAUUUUAAUAUAUAUUACAAUUACUGCCUAGCAGCAAAGGCUCAAAUUAGGCUAGUAUGUUGAACAAGAAAACCUGCACCUAAUAGAAUAAGGGGAAUAAUGGGAGCUAGAAUUUCACAUAAAGUGAUUUCAAACAGUUACAUUGACCUUAAAUGUUACCAUCACAGCAGUUUGUACACUUGAUAGAAAAAAACUGUGUCCUGGGCUGGUGGGGUCACACAUGGUUGGUUGAGAUGUAUAUUUUAUGGUAGUGAAUGGACAUUCAGUUCACAGGCAACAGCUCUGGUGGACAUUCCUGCAGUCAGCAUGCCAAUUACACGCUCCCUCAAAACCUGCAGCAUCUGUGGCAUUGUGUUUGUAAUUAAACCUGCACAUUUUAGAGUGACCUUUUAUUUUGACCACUUCAGGACACAUCUGCAUAAUAAUCAUGCUGUUUAGUCAGCAUCUCCAUAUGCCACCCCUGUCAGGGUUAUGGAUUACGGAUUAUAUUUGCAAAGUGCUCACUGACAUGAAUUUUCACCAAUUUGUGACUAAAUUUGAACUAAGCAUUUUGCACACACACAAAAAACAUUUAGAUCUUUUAUUUUAACUUAGUGAAAAUUGUGUAUGUGUUAGUCAACAGAACUAUUUUGCAGGUCCUUGUGUACAUGCAUGGACUUUACCAGUCAAAUACACAUUUAACUAUUGUGAUUUUACUUGCAAAACAACAUCUGGAACCUUUGUGUACACAUACCCAUUACCUAGACAAAUUUAUAAACAUGAGCAUUUAAAGCGUUCCCAUUAGACAAGUACUUCUUUAUUUCAUAUUGUUUGUGAUCUAGGAUAAUGUAUGUUUUCCCCUUACGUCAUGCUUUACACUCCCAUAGAGAACAGUGGUUUUGUAUUUCAUCAUUAAAAGCUGACCCUAAAUGUUCAGGUGGCUCAACAGCACACAUUGCAGCCUUUUGUUUUCUAUAGUGGAAUUCUGUAACACAAUGUAAUGCAAACUGUGUGUGUGUGUGUGUGUGUGUGUGUGUGUGUGUGUGUGUGUGUGUGUGAGAAUUUGUUGAACAAGGAGAUGGCGCUGCGUGCUUGUGGCUUCAUAAUAUUUCGGCGUCUAGCCAGCUGCAUCCCUCCACCAGACAACAUCGAGUACCUCCUCUUGCAGACCUCUUAUGGGGAGCACCACUGGACCCCACCCAAAGGUCAUGUGGAUCCAGGUGAGGAUGACCUCACCACAGCUCUGAGAGAAACCAAAGAGGAGGCGGGGCUAGGGGCCGAGCAACUGCGGGUGAUUGAUGGCUUUUUGCGGGAGCUGCGCUACGAGGUGCGAGGUAGACCCAAAGAAGUGCUGUACUGGCUGGCCGAGCUGAGGGACCCAGGGACAGCUGUGACUUUGUCGGACGAGCACCAGGACUACCGCUGGGCCCGGCUGGAGGAAGCCUGCACUCUGGCACAAUACAAAGACCUGCAGGACACACUGAGAGCAGCACACAGACACCUGGAGGCUCAGCAGGACAAACAGUGAUGAAUCAGAAUGUGGACUGUGCAGGCAGGAUGAUUAAAAAAGGGAAAGCUGCAGCUGGCACAUUGAACCCUCAGACCUUAGAGCACCCAAUGACAAUGUGUCUGUGAAUUAUGUGAUUGAUGAUUUUGUCUCCGUCAGGUUCAAAUACUGUUAAAAUCUGUUUAAACUAGGGCUGCACAAUUAAUGGAAAUAAGAUUAGUUCAAAAAAGUGCAAUAUUCAAAUCGCAAUUUUUUGAUAAAGGGAAAAUGUGUCACAACAUACCAUUAUAAAUGACUCAUAGUGGUGCUACACACAUAUCUCAGUUGUUUUUUUUUUGCAUAUUGUACAGCUCCAGUUUAAACACUUUGUCUCUGAUGUACGGUUUAAUGCAAGCCUGAGUAGAUUCCCUUCUCUCAAAACAAAGGUGAGAAUGGAGGGCAUGAAUCAAUGCUUGAAAACUGAUCUUAGUUACUGCACAAAAACAUGUACGAUACACUUUGUCUUUAAAAGACAUACAUGAAGAGAUGAAAACAAAAGAUAUUUUAAUGUAAACAAAAUAAAACACAAAAGGUAGUGAAGGAAAACUAAACAAGGAGAGUCCCACUGGAACUCAGUGGGGGAGUGUAAACCUUAAGAGGGGGAUAUGUUUACAUACAGUUUUUAUCUGUCUGUAAUCAGAAUUAAUUGUAUUAAACACAAUAAAGAAACAA